AUGGCCCGAAUCUUAUUCAGUGCCAAUUUCUUUUAUAGAGCAAGGUUUGGUCCAUUUGACCCUGAGGAUAAUCCACGAACAUCACAAUCUAGAGGUAAAGGGUAUAGUUUUGAAGAAGAUGAAGACAGAUAUGAUGGACCAGAGUAUAUCAGGUCCAGAUUCUCUGCAAAAUCAGGAACCAGAAAUUAUACGACUUUAUCCAUGUACAGUGUUAAAAGCAGUAGAGUAUUGGAUGAUGAAGAAGAUUUAGAAAGAUGUUCAUCACACUUGUCUGAGCGGGGCUAUGAAAACGGAAUAGAAAGACCAACUGAUGAGCUGAUAGAUUUAGAAGAUAGUUUAGAUAAUAGACAAAGACAUGGAAUCCAAAACGGAGAUACUGAGGUAAAUGGAGAUUUGAACGGUGAUAGAAUCAUCAAUGAAUAUGAUGAGAAUAAUUGUGAGAAUUCGGGAAACCAUCAAGUUGAUAUAAGCAAUGGCAGAAAUUCAAACGAAGUGGAAGAAAAUCGAGAUCAAACUGAAGAUGUUUUGGAAAGAAGACUUCAAGCGUUAAAAAGUAGAGGAAGUCCCUUGCUCAGAGCAGGAAGUCCUGAAGGAAAUGUGAAGGAACGAAGAAGAAGUGAAAGAUUUCCUGAUAAUACGAAUUUAUUAGCGAACCACGUUGACAAUGAAAAGGCAAGAGAAGAACAGCAAACGACAGAAAGAGAGGGAAGUCCUCAACGGGACACCUCUGCAACGAAUAAUCAAGGACGUCCACAACAAAAUGCGAGCGCAAUUAAUGGACGGAGGAGUCCUCAACAGAGUGCUACUGCAAAAAGAAGUGAUGGAAGUCCUCAGAUGAGUGCCAGAGCUCAAAGGAGUGAGGGAAGCCCAGAGAGAAACCUUAACGACAGACGAAGGAGUGAACGAUUCCCAGAUAACGAAAAUAUUUUUCAAAAGAAAAAUGAAAGGGAGCAAAAAGCGUCCACCAGUGUAAAGAAAAGUACAAGCGUCAGAAGAAGUCAACGAUUUCCAUCGAAAGAUGAAGCAUUACCAUCUACUGAAAAGUCAUCUACUGAACAACGAAAAUUGAAACAGUCCAACAGCUUCAGGGGUAGAAGCAGAGUCCCAGUGAGAAGAUUUAAGGUAUCCAAAUAUUCACAGGAAAUUAAUGCAUCAACGGAUGGAAAACAAAAAAGAGAGUUCCAAAAAGGACCCCAAAGUCUUGAUAGGAACGUUCCGAGUCGCCAAAGCAAAGAAGCCACAACAGAAAAUAAAAAUCAGUGUCCAGUUACGGGAUCUUUCCCUCCACGACCACCAUCUCGUCCUAGAAGCCAUGAUGGUCGGUACAGUGUGGACAGUUUGUAUUUACCAGACGAUCAUAAAAAACCGGAAGUAGACAAUUCUCAGCAACAAGCAAAAAACCGUGAUGACGAUAUAAGAGAGGACAGUCUGGAGAGACCACAUCUUGUUGCCCGUGAUAGCCUUUAUAUUAACAAACAAAACAAUAACAUCGAACAAAAAGGGAGUGAUAAUGACGGUAAAGAAAGUGAAGAUGGAAAUAACCAAUAUGGCUACUCUGGUUAUGGAUAUACUACAUCACAAGAUAGGUAA